UCGAAGCUCUGCUGCUCAGUAAGGGGGUGUGGACACGCUAAUGUGUGUAAGAGAGGGAGAAGGAGAGGUUCUCUGUGCAUGUGUGCGCGCGCGCGCGCAUGUGUGUGUGUGUGUGUGGAUAGAGUGGCAGAGAGCGCGCGCCCCGGCUUGGCGCAGACACCGGUCCGGGAGAACGGAGCAUCGUGCAGAGUGGCAGCAUGGCUUCGUCUCACGGGAGAAGCGACCUGCGCUUUGCGGACUGGAUGGCAAGUUUACCGCAGAGCAUGCACAGUGUCCCGCUCACCAACAUGGCCAUUCCCGGUUCCCACGAUUCCUUCAGCUUCUACAUUGAUGAGGCGUCUCCGGUGGGGCCCGAGCAGCCAGAGACGGUGCAGAACUUUGUGUCCGUGUUUGGCACGGUAGCCAAGAAGCUCAUGAGAAAGUGGCUGGCUACACAGACGAUGAACUUCAACAGCCAACUAGAGGCUGGGAUCCGCUUCUUUGACCUGCGCAUCUCCACCAAGCCCCGCGACCCUGACAACGAGCUGUACUUUGCCCACGGACUCUUCAGUGCCACGGUACGAGAAGGUCUCGAGCAGAUCAGUACUUUCCUCUCAUCGCACGCCAAAGAGGUUGUUUUCCUGGACUUCAACCACUUCUACGGCGUGCAGAACCAGCACCAUGAAAAACUGGUGGCCAUGUUGCAAGAAGUGUUUGGAGAAAAACUCUGCCCGGCUGUUUUUGCACAUGAGGUGUCUCUGAAGUACCUGUGGGAGAAGGAGUACCAGGUGCUCGUCUUCUAUCAUCACCCUAUGGCGCUGGAGGUGCCCUUCCUGUGGCCAGGCCAGAUGAUGCCAUCUCCGUGGGCCAACACCACCGACCCAGAGAAGCUGGUUCAGUUUCUGCAGGCAUCUGUAACCGAUCGCAGGAGGAAGGGGACAUUCUUCGUCUCCCAGGUGGUUCUGACGCCAAAGGCGAGCACUGUGAUGAAGGGCGUGGCAAGUGGAUUGAGGGAGACAAUUACAGAAAGGGCGCUGCCGGGCAUGAUGCAGUGGAUCCGAUCACAGCGACCUGGAGAAAGCGGCAUCAACAUCAUCACCGCAGAUUUCGUCGAGCUCGGAGAAUUCAUCAGCGCCGUCAUCAGCCUCAACUACCAUCACCUGGAAGACGACGACGACGACGCAACCUGAACGCCCACACGGGGGCGUCAGAGGGCGCGGCCUCCACCUCGAGUAGGAGUACUCGGGUCUGUGCUCUCACCAUUAUCUCUUUGGCGUUUAUUUCAGGUGGGAAGCUGCACCGCUCCUUUCACUUUAUUUAGGGCUAUAGUGGACAGAAGGAUGGCGAGAAGCGAGGAGUUGAAGCUGGUUAAAAUUGAUUGUUUGGUUGGAGCUCUACGGGAAGGAGUUUGGUUUGUUUCCUGUUUCGGGGAUCAGAAUCUUUGACAUUUCUGUUGUUUUUCCAGGUUUGCUGUAAAAAAGAAAUCCUGCUUUCCUCUCUGAUCAGAUGCACCAUUUCCUGGCUCUGUUAAACACAGAUUCCUGUAGGGCGUAGUAACUCUCUGCUAAUUGUACUUUUACAUAAGUCUUGAUAUUAUAGUGACAGUAACAGUUUGUUAGAGGAUGUUUAAGUAAAUAUAUGUAAUUGAAACUGUUGGCUGGUGUAAGUAGCUAGCUUUCGUAUGUCCAGUUUGGAAAAUCAGUCCGCGUGGAGUCUUUUUAUUUUCCAGAAGGUAUACACCCAUGCAGGCGCGUUCCACACAGGAAAAAAAUCACCCCGAGCAGCUUUAGUGUUUAAAAUCUGUUGUUUCGAUGUUUUCAUUCCUACGACGACGAAAAAUAACUACUUCCAUUUUUUUCUGUCCCUGUAGCAUUAAUCUCCAGUUACUUCUUUCACUCUGUAACUGAAGUCCGAUUGCAGCCAAGACAUUUAUCAGGCAGUUCCGGAUGAAAACUGUAGGUUGAUUGAUUCAAACCAACGAUUCCAAGCCGCAGAGGAAGAGCAAGCCAGAUUGCAUUUUGGCCAGAUGGGGGGGAAAGCACCAAUCAUGUUGUUAUAGACGUAUUUUAUCCAGCUGCACUUCAUAAUUGUCACUUUUAUGGCGUGUUUGAAAAUAUAUGACAAGCAUCAACUCUCACUGCAGGAAAGGCACUAAAUGCAGCCAGCCAUUUCUAAUGGUUAGCAUGAAACAUUCAUUGCGGUACGUUGUGGUUUCUGAGUCGUGACAGAAGAAUGAGAAAAUGCAUCAUAUUUGGGUAUGACAGUGUCUGUCUUCUCCUUUCGCUGCUAGCUUGCUUUUUCUGUGUUUUAUUUUGGUGUGUCGUGCGUGUGAGUCACCAUGAGAUGCAUCACCCUCAUGGUGUCUCUCAUAACAGGUGAUAAAACUUCUCAACAGCAACUUCAUUUAAUUCAAAUGUGAGAAGGGUAAACACCACGGGUCAGCAACAGAGCUUCGAUAGGUGAGAUCAAUCUGCGGCGCUUACUUUAAUAGAGGUCAUUAUGCUAAGUGCAGCACAUGUCUGCACUCUAUUGCUUUUGUCAUAUUUGGUGUAUUUGUUUUAUACUCUGACGUGUUUAAUUCAAGAUCAAAAAGCUUGUAAAAACAGAAAAAAUGUGCAUUUUUGCAUAUUAUGCACAAAUAAAACCCUCCUUGGUGUCAAGUAUCCACCACACCUUAUGAUCAAUGUGGCAUUUUCUUUAGAGAAUGUAAUUUGCCAGGAUGUUGUGGUCAAGUUUAGUAUUGUAAAGUAAAAAAGAAAACGAAAAAAAAAUAGGUGAAUGUAUGUGUUUUGUGGGUAACAGUGCCAUUUCUAUGAGUCUUAUCUGAGCGACUGAGUUUCAGCCUGAAAGUCAUGUUUAUAUUAUAAGCUCCAACGGUCUCACUUCUGCGUGGUUCCACGUCAUGUCAGAAGUUUCGUAUCGUAGAAGGGUUUCUGCGAUUAAAAAUAUUGCACUGCCAACAGUUUGUAAAUUAUUUAAAGUCAUUAAGAUUCUCAUGACUUGUACCUGCAGUGAGCUGACAGACUCCACCUAUUUUUCUGAUGUGUUUGUACUCUUCACUUUGGUGCAUGAAAGAAAAGCUUCUGCAAACUGCAGUACACCAAUAGGAUCCAUGAGGAUUGCUGUUAUUUACUGUCUCUAAACAGCAUGUGUGCAUCUAAAAAAUGAAAAAAAAAAUGUCCUCCCUUUAAGACAAAAAGUAUUUGUUUUUCACUUGUUGCACUGGCACAACCCCACCAUACCACACAGAUAAGAGCAUUGUGUUGUAAGGACGUUUGUCUCUUCCUUGGUCCAAACUGUUGUCAUUGUGCUCAUUUUCAGAUGUGGGGGAAAAGGGUCCUUUGCUGUUGUAACACUCAACACCAUUUAGCUGAAAUUGAAGUGACUCUGUUCUAAGUGGAAAAUGGCCAAACAAAUAAAGCUUCUAUGCCUUUGA